CGCGGGCCCACGGCCGGAGGAGCUAGAAAGACCUAUCGCCACCAGGCCCGGUCCCGAGGGAAAGGAAUCCAGCAAGCCAGCCAGGAGCGCGCCCCCACCCGCCGGCGACGGCCACAUGCCGACCGCCUCCUGCCUCCGCCCGCCUCUCCGCAGCGGCCGCUCCGCCGCGGCGCGCCUCGGGUUCCCUCCCCCGCCUCCCCCGGCGCAGCUCUACCCGGCGGGGCUGGCGAUUGGGAGCUGGCGGAGGAGGCUCGCCGGGGUCGGGGUGGCGGCCGCCUCCGCCUCGCCCUUCGACGAGCUCUACGCGCGGGGAAGGCCCAUGCACGGCCCCUCCAAGAAAUCUACCUUGUGGAAUUUGAUCCAAGAUAUAGAGCCUUUGGAUCUUAGUGUCAUUCAGAAAGAUGUUCCUCUUGAAACAGUUGAUGCAAUGAAGAGGACCAUCUCUGGCAUGUUGGGUCUGCUUCCAUCUGAUCAGUUCCGUGUUGUUGUAGAAGCCCUUUGGAGUCCAUUUUUCAAGUUAUUGGUAUCUUCAAUCAUGACUGGGUAUACUCUACGUAAUGCUGAAUGCAGGCUCUCUUUUGAAAGGAACCUAGAACUUUCUGAAGAAGAUGCUGAAUGUGAAAAAAGAGACACGAGUGAAGAUAAUCUUCAUGAUAUCAAUUUGGGUAGGCCUGUUACAAUUUUCAGAUUAUCGGAAGACGACAUGCCCCAGGACUCUGGAAAAAGUGACGAAGAAUCAUCUGGUGAGAGUAUGGGAGAAAUGUUAAGUAACUUAACACCCCAAGCAGAAGAGCAGAUUAUUCGGUUGCAAUCUCGUUUGGAUGCGAUGAAAAAGGAGUUACAUGACCUGAAGAGGAAAAAUUCUGCCCUUCAAAUGCAACAGUUUGUUGGGGAAGAGAAAAAUGAUCUGCUGGACUAUCUAAGAUCCCUAACACCAGAGAAGGUUGCUGAACUCUCGGAAUCCACCUGUCCCGGUGUGCAAGAGGCUAUCCAGUCUGUUGUGCAUGGUUUGCUUGCUACUCUUUCCCCCAAGGUACACUCAAAGUCUCCUCCGCCACUAGAGAAUGCUGGGGGAGCCCUAAAUUGUGGGGGUGAGGACGAUGACUGUGCAGAGCUUGUCGAGAAUACUUCCCUCCCGUUUCAGCCCCUAAUAUCUGUCCCACGUGAUUAUCUUGCACGUUUGCUAUUCUGGUGCAUGUUGCUGGGUCACUACAUCCGGGGUCUGGAAUACCGGUUAGAGCUGGCACACCUUCUCAGAAUAUCUAGCGACGUGGGGUCUUUCCCCAUUGAUGACGAUCAUUUUAUUUGAGAAAGCUUCGCUGGCUUAUUGAGAUCCGUCAGCGAAGAGGAUGAAAAUGCACUGGCCAAGAGGCCGCAGAAGUUGCUGUUUGGGGCAUUUCCUGACAAUGGAACAGGGAGUUCUGGGCCAUAGCUCCUGUUGUAGUCUUGUAAAGUCGGAACGAAGGCGUUCAGGUGUAAAGUUAGUGUUACAUAUCAAUGUGAACAAUAUAUUUUAUUUCCUUCUAUUUAUUGUGUCGUAUACAAAAUAAACAUGUUGUUCUUGCUGCUAAUCUCGUGGUAGCAUGGUGGAUACUGGGUAUUAGGCAUCCGUUGUACUCAUAGGUUGUAUGUAUUUGUCUAACGUUUAUCAUGUGAAUGAUAUUAUAUUGUCGAGUCUUAUCAAGGUUCC